AUGGCGAAGCUGAAGGUGAUUCUGACCUGGUCAGCCCUGGUUCCUAUUCUCCUUGCGGAACAACACGUACUCAGCCAAUCCCGUCGUUUUACUCUGGACGACAUCGUCCCAUCGAAGAAUCCCUCUACGAACCAGGUGAAAUGUUGUCCCGAAGGCACUCAGUUCGAUGGAAUCAGCUGCUCCUUGGGUAUUCCAACGUGCUCGAAUCCUGACACUGAAUAUUCCAACGGGCUGUGUAUCUCAACAAGGCCUCCUGUUUGCCAUCAGGGCAAGUGGAAUGGCCAGGCUUGCGUGUCCAUAUCCGACCCGGUGUGCCCGCCUCCAUUCCGCCGCCGAGGUCCGGUUUGUAUCAGUGACGCUGAUCCUGAUUGCGGGCCAGGGUUUACGCUGGAUGGGUCGGUAUGCAAAUCCAACAAACCGCCGCAAUGUGACGAAGGCCAUUUCAACGGCCAUGCGUGUGUGUAUCCGGGUGGCCCCCAAUGUCCGAACGGAUCCAAGCCGACGGGGGGCACGUGUGUCCUCAUUCGGGACCCUGACUGCCGUCUUGGUAUGUCUUAUGAUUCCAAAAUCUAUCGCUGUGUCUCAGAUCGAGCGCCGAAAUGCCCAGACGAUACUGUCCACCGGGGAAAUCAGUGUAUUUUGAAAGACAGUCCUCAAUGCCCCUCUGGGACCGAUUGGGAUGUGGCGGCUGGGAACUGUAUUGCCGACCAACCGCCACAAUGCCCCUUGGGCACCGAGCCGGUGGACGAGAACUGCGUAUCUUCCAGUGAUCCAAUCUGCGAACCGGGCACACUGCUUUCAAUCGACCCGGCUUCAAGUACUGGCCGCUGCUGUCCAACUGAUAUGGCCUGGGAUGGUGACAGAUGUUGGAGGAAGGCCGAUGCCGACGGAAAUUGUCCAGAAGGAACUAUUCGAGACGGUGCUCUCUGCAAGAAAUCUGGAAAUCCCCGGCCGAGUUGCCCUAAAGGCAGCGGGGUCUUAAGUCCGGACGGGACCAAGUGUAUCCAUCGCGAGAUGGCAACAUGCGGUGAAAAUUUUGUCGUGGAUGGGCCUGUCUGCAGGAGCACGAGUGGUCCAACCUGCCCCCCGGGUACUGAUCUGGUCAACAACCAGUGCAUUUCUGAUAAGAAGCCUGAAUGUAGAGACCCCAACACAUUUCUAGAACGAGGUCAAUGUGUUGCUCAAAGAAACCCUGAGUGUCCCCCUAGUUAUACUUGGGAUGGUACUCAGUGUGUGAUCGAUGACAAAAGCCAAUUAUGUCCUGAUCCAUCCACCUGGGACGGUAUUGAGUGUAUCAUGCCCGAGGAACCCCGGUGCCCCUUGGGUACAACUCCUGCCGAUGGCAAGUGUCUUAAAUCAAGCCCUCCCGCCUGUCCUUCAGGAACGGUUCGAAAAGACGACGUAUGUAUUGUUGACGAACCCAUCACGUGUGACCAAGGCACCUUUAAUGGCCGGGAUUGUGUCCUCAAUGUACAGCCUGAAUGUCCCAAGGGAACUCGCAUUCUUAACAAUAAGUGUGUCGCUGUUGAUGAUCCCGAUUGCCCUCCUGGCUAUAAUUGGAAGGGUAACAAGUGUGUCUCAACUAAGGACAAGAGCUGUCCUCCAGGAUACACUAUGUGGAAUGGCGAGUGUGUUUCUGAUGCCACCCCGGUGUGUCCCCGAGGAACUUCGCGUCACGGGAAUGAAUGUAUUGGCGGCGAUCCCGACUGUACACAUGGCAAGUUCAAUGGACAAGAGUGUGAAAGCGACAGUGUCCCACAAUGCCCCACCGGGGAAAAGCUGAAAGGCAUGAAGUGCGUUAAAGAAGCCGAUCCUGUCUGCCAGCCCGGCUGGCAGUUUGACAAGCAUAAGGGUACUUGUGUGGAUCCUUCGGGGCCCCACUGUCCCCAGGGCCAGAAGUAUCAUAACGGCCACUGCGUCCUCGCAGAUGGGGAUUGUAUCGACUAUGAGUUCUGUCCUCCUCAAUUCUCUGUUAUUGCGCAAAGCUUGAAGGGGGAGCUAUGA